UAACCUCAGGUGUACCCAGCGUUUCUUAACUUCCCUCUUUUAAAAAUGACAAUGUUAAUCCUGCUCCUCCUUCGUUCAGUGCUUCACAUCCCAGCUGCUAGGUUUCUGCUUUAAAUUUUGUCCUAAUUUGUAUUGGUAACAAGUACAUUUAGUUCUCAUAUUUGUAUGUUGUGUAUAUAUUUUUGGUCCUGAAGAAGAGACUGCCAAGAGCUAGUAAGACUGAAUGAAUGGGCGUCUCCACAGACUGCCAGGCUGAGUGUGAACUGGCACAGUUUGCAUGCAGUGUGGCUCUGGGUAUAAAAGCUUCUGAGAUGUUGAUGCCUCUGACCUAGUCACUCUCCUCCUACAAAUGUCUUAAGGAAAUCAUCUCAGAUGUGGGCAAAGUUUUUCUGGAAAGCGGAUGUUCUUUGUAGCCAAAUUUAUAUGAAGAUUAGAAACACUGUGAGGUCCAUCAGCUAGGGGUGGACAGCAGAGGGAACAGGGCAGCACCAGCAGGGCGCAGCAGCCACAGCAGGGGCGCCGGCAUCUGGCAGGAUCGAGGCCUUUGUGGGACGAAGGAUCUUAGAGAAGCAACAGGGGCCCCGACUGUCCACUGCAGCACCGUGAAUUCACCAAGACGAAGGCUUGGGCACAGCUGCGAGACAUGGAUUUGCAGUGAGGCGUCAUGUACAAUGAGCACGAAUACAUGACUUAGUGUGGAUUAUUUAAGGGAGCAGAGCAGAGUCACUGAAGAUGUGGGAUUGAGGCAGGGGUCCUGGCUCUAGCACUGUUGUGAAAACACUGGCAAGUUCCCUAACUUUUGUGGAUUCCUCUGUGUUCAGAUGGGAAAGUGGCCCCCACCUCCUGGCCUGUGUGUGGUCAUCUAGUGAGACACGUGGAAGAAGCCCUGCACAGCACAGACACUCAGCACACACUGGCUGUCAUCCAUCAGUCAUCACACACGUGCCCAGGCCCAGGUCACUGUCACAACAUUCCUUUCCGUCUCUCUUUCUGUGUACAGACUCUAGUUUCUGUCAUUGUCAGAGAGCUGCCCAUCCUCUGAUUAUCUUCUCCUCAUACCCCAGCUGGACAAGCUGCCUUUGCCUUGGUGUGGGAGUGAGGGCAGAGGGAGCUGGAGCGAGGUGAGUGUCUGUAAAUAGCAGGUGAUGGGGGCAGGUGACGGAGAAACCAUCUGGGCUAGGUUGGCCUUGGCAUUUGCUGCCACCCCAGAGGGAUCUGCACAGCCCGGCUGCUGGAGCCUCCCUCUGCCCACAGGUGGCUCACAUUCCAUCUCACAGUUUGUUUUCUUCUCCUUAAGGAUGGAGCAGAGCCUUCCAGGCGAGAGAGUGGCUGGAGAACUCCCAGGCAAUUCUGUCCAUAACCGGUUUCUUGAAUUUGUAAAGUCAGAUACUAGCAGGUUUAUUGAGGAUGCCCGCAAGUAUAUUCAGGACAGAAUGAGCACAGAGCAGCUGCUACAACUGCUGACUGACGCUGAAGCCUGGGAGAGAUUUGUGACUGCUGCUGAACUGUCCAGGCCUGAGGCAGAUGAGCUCCGUGAAGCUCUGUACAAUCUUGCAAGAUACAUGGUGGUGAAGGACAAAAAUUGGCGUGAUAAAGAUCAGCAGCACAGGGAGUGGUUUUUGAAAGAGUUUCCUCAGUUGAAAAAGAGGCUUGAGGAACACAUAAGCAGGGUCCGUGUUCUUGCAGACGGGGUUCAGCAGGUCCACAGAGGCACUACCGUCGCCAGUGUGGUGGCCAGCUCUUUCGGUGCAAUGUCUUUCUUCUUGAAUCUUCUCAGCCUGGGUCUGGCACCCGUGACAGACGGACUCAGCCUUGGGUUGUCAGAAUUUGCAACGGGGCUGGGACUUGCAGCUGCUGGGACUGGGAUUAUCAGCGAUGUCGUGGAAUAUGCAAAGAAAGGGCAGGCAAUAGCCGAAAGCCGAGGUCUGAUCAAAAGCAGCAACGCUGAUAUGCUAAAGAUGGCCAAGGAGUUCAUGGGUGGGAACGCACCCAACCUUCUUUCCAUACCUAACAAUUCUUACAAACUCAUAGAAAGCAUUGGAAAGCACAUCCGUGCCAUCAGACGAGCCAGAGCCAACUUUCGAUGGGCGCCAUCUGCCCCUCCCCCCGAGGUCAUUGGGCGACCCUCAGUUCAAGUCGACGAACUGGCGGAGAGAGUUGCCGAAAGGCCGGCCCUGGCACUGAGCAGAGGAACCAAGAUUGUGGGUAUGGCCAGCGGAGUCAUCUUGCUUGUGCUGGAUGUGGUCAACCUCGCGUAUGGGACAAAGCACUUGCUUGAGGGGGCGGAGUCAGAGUUAGCUGAGGAGCUAAAUAAGCUGGCUGGGGAGCUGGAGGAGAAGCUGAACAUGCUCACCAAGUGCUAUGAGUUUCUGCAGGCGGACCCACAACAGUGACCCCAGAGCAGGCACAGGCCAGCACAAGAUGCAAACUCUUUUUCUUUUCUUUUUUUUUUUUUUUUUGAGAUGAAGUCUCACUGUGUCACCUAAGCUGGAGUGCAGUGGCGUGACCUUGGCUCACUGCAGCGUCCUUCUUGGUU